AUGAAGCUCACCUGGGACAUCAACGACCCCCAGCUCCCACAGGAGCCCAAGCACUUUGAUGCCUUCCAGGAGUGGCCCGACGGCUACGUGCGGCUCAUCUACUCCAGUGAAGAGAAGAAUGCACAGAGACACCUCAGCGGCUGGGCUAUGCGCAACACCAACAACCACAACUGCCAGAUCCUCAAGAAGUCCUGCCUGGGGGUGGUGGUGUGCGCCCGGAGCUGUGCCCUGCCGAGCGGAGCCAGGCUGCAGCUUCGCCCUGCCAUAUGUGACAAGGCUCGGCAGAAGCAGCAAAAGAAAGCCUGCCCAAACUGUAAUUCAGCCCUUGAACUGAUCCCUUGCCGGGGACACAGUGGCUAUCCAGUCACUAACUUCUGGAGGCUUGAUGGCAAAGCAAUAUUUUUCCAGGCUAAAGGAGUCCAUGACCAUCCCAGGCCAGAGAGUAAGUUGGAGGCAGAGGCAAGGCGAAGUGCAUUUAAGAAGCAAAUGUCCUCUUUCCACCAUUCCCAGAAAAAGAGACCUCUAAACUCAGAGGCAGGAAGGUACCACGACAGCAGUGGUUAUGCCAAUAACCUACAGAAUCUGCCCUGCAUGGAUGGCCCAGAAAGGGCUGGCAUCAUCACAGACACCAGUUUUUCUGUUCCAGACCAGUCUUACCCUUUGCUGCAAAACACUGACCUUUACAAAGCAUCUUAUGACUCAGCCAGCUUCCAAGAGGACCAGCUGUCACCAUACCCAAAGUGCCCCAAUCCAAGGAUCUACAUGCCCAGGCCAUGUAGCUAUGAGUUUGGAGUUCCUACCUUUAUAAGCUCCAGCCCUUACCCAACAUUUUACAAAGAUCUGACAGGUCCUGCCAUCGAUGCAGAUCCCCUCAGUUUGAAUGGAUCUCACUACAAUGCAGUGACCACCCAUGAUAAAAGCUUUGAUAACCCUGGCAGACACUAUGGACUGAAACCAGCUUGGGGGAAAACUGGCAGUGGAGACCAGAGUGACUAUGGACAGGUGCAAACCAGCGCUAACUACCCUUGCUACGGUGGGGACUACCCUUGCAGGUAUGGUCCCAGCCCCUCUCCCGUAGCCCCACCAUUGCAAACAGUUAUCACAACCACCACCAAGGUGUCCUACCAGGCCUACAAGCCAUCCACACUGAAAUACAGUGACAACCUCUGUGAUAUGAAAAACCUUCAGAGCUAUACCCAUGUAGCAGAAAAUGUCUCUGGCACCAUCUAUUCAGGGAUGAAGAUUCAGGAAGAUUUUGGGAUGAUAAAGUCAGCGUUGCUUUACCAGCAUGACCCAGUCCCUACAAAGUCCAAACCAGCCGAGAAUGUGGAGACCUAUUGGUAUGGGCCACUGCUGGGGAACAGCUAUGCUGAGCAUGAAGGCCAGACCUUAAAGUUUGAGAGUGCUGAAUAUUGA